CAUUCAUCUUCUACUUUUGGGGCUCCUGAUCUGCAUGAAGGUAGAAAGAGAUUUUCCUCUUUAUUCCCUCAAACUGAAGAACACAUAUGUAAAUCCUUGUUUUUCCUCGUGAGGCAGGGGAGGCCAUAGCCACAAUGCUUAACUGCAUGCAUCUAACCCGGGGCUGGUUUUAACCCCAGCGCUCUGACCUAAACUGCUCAGCUCCCGGAAAUUCCAAGGAACCCGGUGGCCUUAGUCUUUCAGGUGGAACAGCGUGAGACAUGGGAAAGAAAACCAAGCGGACAGCUGACAGUUCUUCUUCAGAGGAUGAGGAGGAGUACGUCGUGGAGAAGGUGCUAGAUAGGCGUGUGGUUAAGGGGCAAGUGGAGUAUCUACUGAAGUGGAAAGGCUUUUCCGAGGAGCACAAUACUUGGGAGCCUGAGAAAAAUUUGGAUUGCCCUGAGCUAAUUUCCGAGUUUAUGAAAAAGUAUAAGAAGAUGAAGGAGGGUGAAAAUAACAAACCCAGGGAGAAGUCAGAAAGUAACAAGAGGAAAUCCAGUUUCGCGAACAGUGCUGAUGAUAUCAAAUCCAAAAAAAAGAGAGAGCAGAGCAAUGAUAUCGCUCGGGGCUUUGAGAGAGGAUUGGAACCAGAAAAGAUCAUUGGGGCGACAGAUUCCUGUGGCGAUUUAAUGUUCCUAAUGAAAUGGAAAGACACAGAUGAAGCCGACCUGGUUCUUGCGAAAGAAGCUAAUGUUAAGUGUCCACAGAUUGUGAUAGCAUUUUAUGAAGAGAGACUGACGUGGCAUGCAUAUCCUGAGGAUGCGGAAAACAAAGAGAAAGAAACAGCAAAGAGCUAAAGGAGGGGGUGGUCUUUGUCAUUUCUCUUUGUACAUAAUACAUCCACCUCCCUGCCUCCUCUCCUUCUACCCAUCCCCUUCUCUCUUAAACACAUCCAUAAAAAUGUGCUUAUCACUGUGCUCCACAGGAGAAAUGUUGGUAUUGGUUCUCUUGUAACAUAACUGAUGGUCUGAUUCAUGAUAAGUGUCUCUCUGUGAAGACCAGGCAUUUACAUACUGUGUGUAAUUCCCACAAUUUUUUCCUUUGCCCUCCUCUCUACCCUCUGCUCCCUUGUGACCUCAAGAUGAGUUUGAACUUUUUAAUCACCUUAGAGUCUUGAUCUUUUCAAGGUUGGUCGCUUUUUAGAUGGGGGAUUUUGUUACAAUGAUGAUUCAUUUUGGUUUCUUGCUUUGGCUCUUAGAACAUGUUGAUGACCAGCUAGCCUUUGUGUUGAGAUGUUGGGAUGGAAAAGAUGUUGCCCAUCUUUUUAAAAAGCCAAUAGCAACUGCCUACCUGUUGGGGCUUUCCCAACCUCAUUCAGCUCUCCCCAGGAGAAUACAGGGUUCCCGGUGUGGUCUUCUGGGCCACCCUCUGUUGUUCAUCCUCACCCAUCCUCCCAUAAUAGUUCCAUCCUUUGGAGGACUUGAAAUUUUACAUUCAGAUUUGUCAAGGCACUCCUUUUAGCCCCAGGACUUUGGGCCUUGUUUCUUUAGCAAUCCCUAAUUCUGCUUCUGCAGGUUGGUGUAGUCUGUCAUAAAAUGACAAGAUUAUUAACUGUGGAGAUUUUUAGCUGUUAGUACAUGAGGAUGAUGGGGUAGGAUACAGUUGUCUUUAUUAUCACAUACUGUAUAUCUGUACUAUUUCCUUCCACCCCUCCUGUUUGGACUAUGUGUUUAUGUAGGUGUGAGUGACUGCCUGGUGCUUGCUUGUGCCAAGGUGCUAGGCACCCUCCAACCCUGCCAACUUUGGUGGCCUCCCAAAACAUUCCUGUUACCAAAGAGGCUUUGAACCUGACCCUCACUUCUCAGUGAACCCAUUUCCCCUCCAUGCCAAUAUUUUCAGUGGGGAAUUCUUGGAGGGGAGCCAUUGGCCACAAUAUCAAUUUUAAAUAUUCAUAGCAUUUGUAAUCAUAAAUUUCCUGCUUUGUUGACUCCUGGAUUUGCCACCAAGAGUCCCCGAAGUGUUAAUACUCUUUCCUUUUUCCACCCUCAAACUCUUAGUUGUAUCUUUUUUUUUUUUUUCAAUGCAUUUAUUUGGAAGACUAUCACCUCAGAGAGUGACAGGCUUCCCAUAUUAGCAUGUUGACACGAUCUUCUCUUCCUAUUCAGCAAAAUAGUUCCCUUUUGGCUUCUUGUGUUACCAUUGUAUUGAGAGGUUAUUUUUCCGAUCAUAUCCUUCUGCCUUUGUUCCCCAAGAAGCGCCCUACUUCUCUUCACCCUUUUUUUCCUUGUAGAUGAAGGAGGCUAGAGAAUCAAGACUAAAAGUAAGGAAAUAGCAGGGUUUUGAGCAUCCUUGUCCCAGCCCAAAGCUGAGGGAAAAAGAAUAAAUGCUUGAAAUAGCCUUAACUCUAGAGUUCAUCAGCCAUUGAGGUUGUUUUUGUGGUUGCUUCUGAUUUUUAAAACAUAGCUGUCUGGCGAGGAGUGUUCAACCAUUUCUAGAUUAUUCAGAGUAAUGAGGGGAAUGGAGAGAUUGCUCCAGUCCACAGAUGAGCCGAAUAAUAUGCAAAUCAUAUACCCAUUCAUAGCAUUUGUUAACAUUGCUUCCCUGCUCAGCUGCUGAUUGAAUUCUGUGUGCUUGUAUAAAUUAUGUCAAAAAUUAUACUGCACAGUUGAGAAGACAGCUGUUGCUGCAGUGACAUGACAGACUGGAACAAUGAAGCUUUUGGUCUCAGCCAUCCAGGAAAAUCCUUCUGAAUGGUAAUGUGAUUGGGUGAGAACUCAUAACCCAUGCCUCAAGUGGGUAGGAGUUUUAUCUCCAUCUUCCUUAACUCUCUGAAGGAAUUAAAGGCCUAGAUCAAGUGUUGGAUAAUUGACAGUUGUUGGUGCUUAAUGUGAUGGGCAUCUGAAAGAAAGAAAGGAUGGUCAGGAAAGAGAUUUUUCAUACAAGUAACUAAGGAUAUCAAUUAGGGUAUACAGACUAGGACAGAAGUGGUCCGGAGCCCCCAAGGAGGCGAACUAGGUCUCAGUUUGCAGGUGUGUCCACGUAGCCAGUGUGUCCCCCAGGAGCAGUAGGCUUGUAAGCAGACUAUGGCCAUCAUAUUUUUGGAGCCCAAAUCUAGCAUGUGGACAAAGAUUGCAACAAUUAUUUGGUACUGAGAUUGGUCCUGAGAAACCUGGGACAUGUGGUUGCCUGGGAUAUAAGUAAUAUUUAAGACAUUCAUCACAAUCUGAUUUCUUUUAGCAAGAUAACCCCAUUAUCAUCUGCUGCUACUCACCACCCCUUUAAUAUUUCACUGCAUUCAUCUUUUUCUGUCCACAGUUUACUGAAUCAUGGUCUUGUACUUGUAUUUAGUGCUGUCCAAACAACCUGUUCUACCCCUGCCUACCCACAGCGACUUCUGCAGGAAUGAGGGGAGCCAGCAGCCAAUACUGAUCUCAGCCCUCAGCAGAAAGGAAACCAGAUACCUGCCUGCGCCUCCAGCAUUUGUCAGUGCUGAGUCUCAGCUGUCUGGGCCCUUGGAGAGUUGCAACCUCAAGCGGGAACCUGUUUUCACGGGGCUGUCUCCUCUCAGAAGAGUUAGUAGUCCUGGGCUAAGCACUCUUAAACAUCUAGGUCUCAGGUGCUCACAGUUUAUUUUUUCUGUUUUAAGCCCUCUUUCAAAACAUCUUUCUAGUGCUGAAUUUUUCUUCCUUACUGUAAUCAGCAUUCAGGGAUUUCACCUUCCACAGACUAGCAGAACUUUGACCAGCAGAGUCUACCAAGGUCAGCAUAGCUGCUUUUCCAAGCCCUGGGCUGGGCAGAUGGCCUCACGUUAAGAUCAGCUGUUAGAGAACGUCAGCCCUGAUGGAAUCACCAUUUUUAACCUGGAGAGGUCUGUAUAUUUUCCCUCCUGCAGUCUGGUUUUUGUCUGCCCAAGGGAGCAUUUGGACCUGUGGUGUUCCUUAACAUUCGAAAGUCUAGUGGUCCCUGGCUCUCCCCCAGCCGUAUGUCUGUACUACUGUUGUUGAUGAAAAGUUGGGCCUGUUCCUGUACUUUGGGCAAUUUUAGGUUAUUCUUAACUCUUCGUUCCUGUGCCGUGGCCUCCCUGCGGUCCAUUUCCCUUAUCUUCAGGCCAAAUCUUAGGGCCCUGAGGGAAAUGCUUGUGAUUUUCAUCUUGUGAUUUUCUUGGAUCUGUUUUUGCCCAGUUCACUUAAGGUACAGCGAGGGGUCAGAGGAAUCUCUUUGGGAUGGGGAGUGGGAGAUUGUCGUUGCCCUUAGGGUUCAAAUUUGAGGGCCUAAAAUGCUAGUUUGCAACAACAUGAGAACCCCAGGAAGGGUUAUGUCACUAGAUUGGACAUGUGGAAAUUGUUUUCUCACAAAUUAGGUCAAAGGAAAAGCUCAUUUUGCAACCAUGACUCCAUCCUUUUGGUUUAGGUUUUUAGAGUGAAAAUUUUUAGAGUGUUGAGGUUUGUACCUUUGUAAUCAGAUCACCAAGCAAGCAUACCUGCUGCAAGGUGGAGAGAGGAAAGGUCUGGACCCGGUGUUUUCCAGUUUCAUUUUGGCUCUACUUCGUGCAUAUAUGUUUUCAAAAACAGAUGUUACAAGUCUUGCACCCAAGAACAUAUGCUCAAAAUUGGGUGCCCCCCCAGCCCAGUUAAUCAUGAUGGCUUUCUAUUGAGCCACCCAUAUUCCAGCCACGUUAGUGUAUGUCGGCGUCCAUUUCAUUCAACAAAGUUUAAAAAGGUGUAGUCCCUGACCUUAAUUUUCAUACUGGUGUGGGAUGAAUAGUUCAGUGUAAUAAGUGCUAUAAAUGGGUACACAGUUCAGAUUUGGGGCAGAGACAACUGGUUGGUAUAGUUUGUGGCCCUAGAGUAGGAGAUUGACGGUUCAUGUGUAGAAAAGACGUAUGACCUUGGAUGAACUGAACUAACCGGCCAUAGAUGGGCCACAACAAGGACCUGUUUGAUUCCAGGAAAUAAAGAUAACUGAGAGUUGGUUAGAAAUGCUGUUACUGAGAGAGAAAACAACACGUUGAGAACCCCUGGUUUUGCUCCCUAUUUUAGGCUCUUUGCCAGCGUAUUGAAUGGUAUAGUUAAUCCUUGCUUGUGGAAAGUAUUAACUGUGGCAGUGUUGUUACAUUAUUGUAGGUUCUGUAAAAAUGUAUUCCUCCUGGAUAUUUUAUCAGAAUUGCUCACACCUUUUUCAGUUUCUCAUCCCUUUUGAAGGAAUUAACAUGAGGCUGGCUUGAAGCCUAAAACAUAAAGGAGGAACAUGCUUUCCAAUGACAAGAGAGUUGCUAAAGUGAAGGCUCGGGACACUUCUAGUAACACCUGGGCAUCUAUUCUGGGCAGUUCAUUUUUCUUUAGGACUGUAGGAUGGUGAUUUCUAAGCAGAGACUUGUUUCAGUUAUGUGGAAACCUCUCCCAGAAAUACACAUGCCCUGGAGUCUGGGAUUUAAUCAGUCUAGGGAGGUCUAGGGUGUGGGCCAGUCCUGUUAAGAAACAGUCUGAUCUUAGUUCUGACCAUGUGACCACAGGAAAACAGUCCUUUUCUCUGCCUGGGUAAUUGAGAUUUGGGUGAUUGAAAGUUGACUAGCUUUGGAAGUCAAACUUUCCAAGAAUUAGAAUAACUGUUGGAAAAUUAAAGUGUGAAGGCUUUUUGGAUAGUAAACAUUCUAGUUUCUUUUUGCUUGUGCUGGAUUUCUUGAAUUUUAAACUACCUCAUCUUGUCUUUUUAGAGUUACUUCAGCUUGUCCUUGCCACUUUAACAUCGUGCUUGACUUUGGUUGUUUUCUAAGAUGGAAUAUUUCCUAUUUACUGAAAGCAUAUUUCUUUGCCUUUUAUCCUGAUCCUCAUUUCACCUAUCGUCAUCUCAUGUUGCUCCUGUCAGAGAAAUCUUUUAAGGUAGUUUAAAACCUUGGUUUAUGGAAAGAAAGUGAUCCUCCAGUGCUGUUUGUCUCUGAGGUCAGUAAGAGAAGGAGUUAAAACAAGGUGGUGGAGGAGGGGACAACCUGCACUGGAGGCAGCCGACAAGGGAAGAGCUAUUAAUUAAGACAAUUUCAAAGCCAACUGAUUGUGAUCAUUAAUGUCACAAUAGAUCAAAACCUAAUUAUCACACCCUAGGUAAGAGCCAUCAGUAUUAAUCAGAAAAUCUAAUAGGAAACUAUUAUCAAGAAAUUAGGCCAAAUUGAAUGCAAUGAACUUUUUAUCGUCUCUCUCUUCUCUCUCUUUUUUUUUUUAAAUUUGGAGCUGUCCCUUGGCAUUGGCAGGUGUGACCCUCACAGCUGACCCAGGUCCCAGUGGCCUGUUCAUCAUGCCUUUUGAGAAAUUCCAACACAGACUGAACCAGAACUGUCACUGCUGCUUUAAUCAGUCUUGAACUUUCUUGUCACCUGGACUUAUCCAGGGUGAUCAGCAGUCAAUGAAAAAAGGGUUAUACUUAGGUCUUGGAAUGAUUGGUCCUUCCUGGAAUGUGAGGAUCCCUGGUGAGCAUUGUAUUGUGUGUGUUGAUAAAUCAUUUUUUGGGCUUCUAAUGUACAUAGGGUCUUGUUGCUCUGGCUACUACAAGAGGGUACAGAGGAAAGGAGGGCUUCCUGCCCGGAGAGUCUUUGAGAUGAGCUGAGAAGACAGUUUCAUCGUGUCCGGCACUUAUAAGGCUCAAGUCAGAGUUUUGCAGCUUCUAGUAGCUUUAGGAUUUGAGUCUAAACCAGGGCUGGCUGUGGGUUUAGAUUUUUCCCCCUAGAGUUAGGAUAAGGGUCAUAAUGAUUUCCACCAGAAUUCAGUGUAAGUCCAAAGGAGGGGGAAAGAGUGUUUUUUUCCUUUGCCUUUCUUUUGUUAAAGAGUUAUGUCUCUGGCAGGAGGUAAGAACAUUACAAGAGUCUUCUGACCAGUUACUUCACACCUUCUCCUUGAAUGGAAAAGUAGAUGUCAUCAUUUAUAUCCUUAACUUUGAGCUAUUUGUGAAGUUGCUGAAACUUCUGAAGUUGGAACAGGGGCAGAAAGUUUGGAAAGAUGCUGCCCCCGAGUGUUGUGGGGAGGGACAGGCAGCAGCAGGAGGGUGUUCGGUAGUGCUAGAUCCCUGCACCCCUUUCCCCACCGACCUUGCCGCUCAGAGCACUGCUGAGGAAAUGGUUCUUAGCUUUCUGCUUGAGUGUGGUCUUCGUUCUGAAUGUUAGGAAUUUGGGUUAGUCGGUGUAGAACUUUGAGAAAUCAGUGUGACUUAAUCCUUCACCUCUUAGGAUAAAGUAUUUCUUUACAAGAGAAUUCAUGCCCUUAACGUUUAAAAUGUAAUUUUAUUUUCAAAACAUCCAUUAACAGAUGACUUUCAGAAGCGGUUUGUUUCUUCUCCAAGGUUCUUUGCAUUAUGCUAGGUAAAGUAAUAGGCCAUCAGUUAAUAGUUGUGGGUUGAUUGAGUUCAUCUAGUUUGCAGAGUGAGGUGUGCCUACUGACUUCCUUUUGUUCCCAAGUGCACUCUAAGAAGUGAAAUGCUCCAGGGCGUGGAAUAAGAAUGGAGUGGAUGCUGACUAUGUGUGCCAACCUCCUCAAUUGAUUCAUAAUGACUGACCUUGGGCAAGUCACUCCUUUCAAUGCCUCAGUUCCCCAUCUGUCAAAUGGGGGUAAUAAUACUGACCUACCUCACAGGGGUGUUGUGAGGCAUUGUAAAUCAAAGUUGAUAGAAUACUUUAGGGUCCUCAAUGGAGGAUGCCUUGAGCCGAAGUCUAGGCCUACCAUAGGCUUCUGUCCUCACUGAGCUGUCCCAAGGUUGGAACUCCUUAGUGACCUCGGCAAGUUUUCUGCCCCCCACCCCUCAUCAAAGCUGCUAGUUCAGAUGUUGACAGUGUUUUCGUGAAUGUUGGAGUCUUAAUAGUCCAGAUUUACUUAAGAUGUUAUAGGGGGAGGCACUUAGUAUUUUCUAUGUCUUGCAUCCACAAAGAGAGGCCGUUUGAGACCCAAGAGCAUUGGAUUAGGGCAUCUGGGAUGCUCUGCUUGUUUCUCUGCAGGUUGGGAAUUAAGGUCCCAUACCCCACGGGCUUGGAACAGACUUGGGCUGUCUCAGGAGCAAAGCGCACACAGUGGGUUUGAUUUAUAUCAUUGCUUGUUGCUCCCUGAACUGAUCCCAGGACAGCUGGGUCACUUCACCCCUUCGUGGCAUCUGUACCUGAGCCUCCGCCUCCACCUCCUUAUAGGAACCAGCCGGUUCAGUAAACAUAACCACUUCCUUUAUCCCCCACCGAAAAAGAGCCACAUUGGAUUUUUUUUUUCUAGCGAUACGUUUAACAUUCAGAAUUGGGCAUUGAUACUCCUGAAAGCUUCAUCCAAUUCACUGUAUUUCAUCAUCUGUCAUCUCUUUCUCAGUGUCCACAGUCUAAACUUUCCUGACUUUGACCUUUUUUUCCCCUGUGGUUUGGGAAAACUUUGGACACUAUUUCUAUUUGCCCAGGUGUGGGCUCAAGAGCCUUACUCUCCAUCUCAGUUUAGGGGCUCAGCCAGCUCCUCUUCCCAGUAGGGCUCUUUCUCCUCUCCCUCUCCUUGGCCCUGAUGUGUAACCUAUGAAAAAGCACAAGGUCCUGUCCCCUUGCCGCGGUCACAUUCCGGUUCUCGGUGUUUUGUGGACUCAGCUCCUCUCUUCACUGCACUGGCGGCACCAGGCGGUUCUGUGGAGUCCUGGAGGAUGGAGAGAGCAUGGUCUGACAUCCUGCCGAGUAGCCAGGAGUUGAUUCACCCAUGGCCCAUAGGCCUCCCCACCCCUUCCCACAGGAUGGGAUCUAAGAGACUCAAGAGGCUGGGUUUCGUUCAGCGCUCUGUACCAUCCUGAGGAGCAAAGCAAAUCACACUUUGUAGCCAGAUUUCUGAAUGGAAACAUGGGAAACUGAGUUCUCUAUGGACCUUUUUGGUUUGUGGGGGAGUUUUGGUUGUGUUUCUUGGUUUUAUUUCAGCCAAACAUGUCUGCUUUCGAUUUUUUUUUUUUUAGGAUAAGUGGUAUAUAUAUAUGUUCGCCUUUUAAAUGUAAAUGUUUAAAAGUAGGCAAUUUAUGUGUUUCCACAACUGACAUCUGAUGCAGACCUCAUUCUCUCCCCCUCUUCCACCCUCCUCUUUUCCCUCUUUUCAUACUCUUGUAUUGGUUCUAAUAAAUGGUUGCUUUUCAAA